AUGCCACUAGCACAGAGGGCAAGCGCGAAAGUUCGUGUGUUCACACGACUGAGGCCGCUUUUCAGCUGCGAGCGACAAGAAGGCCACCAGUGCGGAUGGACAGUCUCUCCCGAGUACACGCAGAUUUAUCCGGUAACCAGUCCGGGGAGGCUUUGCGAGCUAGGAGAACAGCUUGUGUCGCAGGCCAAUUAUAAGAAUGGCCGUUCGGUCUACCAAUUCGACAGAUGCUUUGAUGACAGAGCCUCAACGAAGGAGAUUUUUGAGUGGAUUGCAAAGCCGUUGAUUGAUCCCCUCCUCAAAGGAGUAAACGGCAGCAUCCUUACAUAUGGUCAGACGGGCAGUGGCAAGACUCACAGCAUUUUUGGCACCUUCAAGGACGCCGGCCUGAUCGAGCUGGCGGCAAGAGGACAGCUGAUGGGUCAUGCUCCCUACACCAGUGCAAGGGCACACCCCUCCAACACGGCGCGAGGAAACGAUGAUCGACGAGCACCAAGAUUUACAGUCAAGGUCUCUUACAUUGAGAUCUAUAUGGAGCGUGUGAACGAUCUUCUCCAAGACGGGCAAAGAGGCAACAAACAUCCAGCGGAAAAUCUGCCGGUCAAGGAGGAUCCCUGUAGAGGUUUUUACGUCCAUGGCAUGCACGAACAGGAAGUAGAAACAGUUGCAGAUGUGCUUCACACGCUGCACCAGUGA